AUGUUGACAUCCUCUAUUAAACGCCUAGAUAAUGAUUUUGACAAAGAAAGCAGAAAUCUAGCGAAAACUAAUGGUCAAUCUGACUUUCAAGUAAAGUAUAAGACAGAAAUCUGUAAAAACUGGGUUAAUGGGCACUGUCAGUUUGGAGACGGCUGUGCGUUCGCUCAUGGAAAGGAUGAACUGAGAGGCAAGGAUGCUCAGAAAAUAAAAGAAUGUAAACAUUUUACAGAAAGCGGAUUUUGUGCUUAUGGAGAGAGAUGCCAAUUUAAACAUGUCGUGGCAUCAGCAAAACCUAGAUUGCCAAUCUUUAUUAAAAUUUCUCAAACAUUCCAAUAA